CUCUCAGGGAGCCACUCACAAAGACAGGGUGGCGAGUGGAAUACGGGACUCUCACUUGUGGUCUGCUCAGACAGACAGACAGACCAAUAGAGCGAGAGAGAGAGAGAGAGAGAGAGAGAGAGAGAGACACAGACAGACAGACAUACAGAUUGAUAGAUCCAAUGGGACAUUGCAUCACCAUUGUGUGCAGAUGAGGACUCGCUCGAGCUUCACAUGGUGCUGAUGGAACUGGAGGAUGUGGAGAAGCAGAUCCGUGGCCUACUCGACAAGCAGGCCCAGCUGCUGGAGCGAAGAACUGCGCUGGAAACAUCUUGUGCCUCUGCCUACACAUCCAAGGUAAGCACACAGCGUGGUAUUUCCACUCCCAGCCCCUCUACGCCGUGUGUUUCUCUGUGCAGGGACCGUGCACCUAGGACUUUCCCAGCCGAGGUCUUCGUCACGCCGGCACCAACACACCAUGGGCCUUGGGUGAACCAUCGGCGGAAGGCGCGGGCUGGACCCCAGGUGAGGACCUCUCCACCUCCGCUGUUCGAGGUUCCAACGAGGAACCGCUUCGCCCCUCUCCGUCAGACCAGACCUAACGCUGUGAUCGUCAGGGACUCCAUUGUGUGGAACGUCCGUGUAGCUUCAUCUAAAGGUAAGGUGCACACACACUGUUUUUCUGGUGCUCGUGUCCUUGAUGUCGUUGCGCAGGUAUCCAGGAUCCUGAAGAAGGACGAGCGCAUUGGAGCGGUUGUGCUGCACGCGGGGACGAACGACAUCAGGCUGCGGCAGACGGAGGUUCUGAAGAGGGACUUCUCCAGCCUGAUCGAGACGGUACGAGGCAGAUCACCCACCACGAAGAUCAUCGUCUCUGGACCUCUUCCCACAUACAGACGUGGAGCCGAAAAUGUCCUAGGUUGUUUCGUCCUGAUGGCCUGCACCCCAGCAGCCUCGGAGCGGAACUGCUGUCUGACAACAUCUCCAAGGCGCUACACUCCAAGUGACUGCCUAACUUCUAAUAAUCUUUUCUCUCCCUCUCUCCUUCUGCCGAGCCACACACGAUUUUAUGGAGAUACUAGAGAUCCAGAUCCUUUCUGCCUCUGGAUGGAGCUCAAAUCUUCUCCAAUUCCAGACUGUUGGGACUACGGCUGCUCCUAAGGCCAUACAGACUUCAUAUAAGUCAAUAAUGAACUUUUUCACAUUAUCUGUUGUUACCCAGAUGAGGAUGGGUUCCCUUCUGAGUCUGGUUCCUCUCAAGGUUUCUUCCUCUUAAAACAUCUUAGGGAGUUUUUCCUUGCCACCGUCGCCACUCAGUGGCUUGCUCAGUUGGGAUAAAUUCGCACCUUUAAUAUCUGUAUACCGUGUUGAUAUUUCUGUAAAGCUGCUUUGAGACAAUGUCUAUUGUAAAAAGCACUAUACAAAUAAAA